AGAAAAUUAAAUAGAUGAGCAGCGAUCGCGUCAGUCAGCACCGACUGCAGCAAUGGCACCUGCACUGCAUCCGAUUAAAUAUUUAUUUUUUCACUCUAAUAUUCAAACCUGAAUCUCCGUGUCUCAUACUCUGCUUCUUCUUCUUCUUCAGGUUCGUCGCUGCAUUUUGUCUGGGUUUGCCUUUGCCUUAGUGUAAAGUUUGCUAGGAUUCUGGAUUGGGGAUGUAGGGAGGAUAUGAGACUAUUGGGAUUCUGCUCAAAUGCCUUAGGUUUGGUUAACCAUUAAGGAGUUGAUAUUUGAUUCUCUGUACUAGAUCCUAACUGACGAUGAUUGGUAGGAAGAACAUGGGGCGUGUUUCGCCCUUACUUUUGGCACUAUUGGCAAUUGGAUUUUUCUUUGCAACCUAUAAUUUGUUAACUAUGAUAAUACACAACAAGGCCUCCUAUUUGGAUGAAGGGAAGGUAGAUGGACUGGACAUGUUUGAUCCCGUCACUCAGAUGCCGGAGGAUGUAAAAAAAGUGGGGAAUUCGAAUACGAGAUAUCAUGUUGCUCUUACAGCCACUGGUGCUGCUUACAGCCAAUGGCAAUGUCGGAUCAUGUAUUAUUGGUAUAAGAAGGUAAAAGACUUGCCUGGAUCGGAUAUGGGGAAGUUUACACGGGUUUUGCAUUCAGGAAAACCUGACCAUUUGAUGGAGGAGAUACCAACCUUUGUUGUUGACCCGCUACCGGAGGGCCUUGAUCGGGGUUAUAUCGUCUUAAAUAGGCCAUGGGCUUUUGUGCAAUGGCUGGAAAAAGCAACAAUUGAUGAAGAAUACAUUCUCAUGGCAGAGCCGGAUCACAUAUUUGCAAAUCCUCUACCAAACUUAGCACAUGGAAACCAUCCAGCAGGUUUUCCGUUUUUCUAUAUUAAGCCAGCUGAAAAUGAGAAAAUAAUUAGGAAGUAUUAUCCAGAGGAGAAGGGUCCUGUCAACAAUGUUGAUCCAAUUGGUAAUUCUCCUGUAAUUAUCAAAAAGUCCCUGCUGGAGGAAAUUUCACCUACAUGGGUGAAUGUUUCUUUAAGAAUGAAAGAUGACCCUGAGACUGAUAAGGCAUUUGGUUGGGUGCUAGAAAUGUAUGCAUAUGCUGUGGCUUCAGCAUUGCACGGUGUGCGGCAUAUACUUCGAAAAGACUUUAUGCUACAGCCGCCGUGGGAUUUGGAAGUGGGGAAGAGGUUUAUCAUCCAUUACACUUAUGGAUGUGACUACAAUUUAAAGGGAGAACUGACAUAUGGAAAGAUUGGAGAAUGGCGUUUUGACAAGAGAUCCUUUCUUAGUGGUCCUCCUCCAAGAAACCUCUCCUUGCCCCCUCCAGGUGUUCCUGAAAGUGUGGUAAGACUUGUUAAGAUGGUGAAUGAGGCUACUUCUAACAUUCCUGGAUGGGAAACACCAGCGAGUGGCUGAGGUCAAACUUGAUACCACUCUGGGCCUAUAGCAAAAAUUCACGGAUACCAAUUACACAGUAACAGGAGAGCCCUAUGCAUACAGCGAAAGGUGUUUUACCAUUCCAAUCACAUUUCUUCUAUAGAUACCUGUUAGGGUGAUCAGCCUCAUAUUUCAGACCUUUGUAAUGAAACUCUUUCUACUGUAAGGCUGACUGCUUGCUUAGCAAUUGAGAACAAUGACAUUAGUGUGACUAGACAGUUUUUGAAGUAUCUUAGUACAAAAUUCAUGAGGUAUAAAACCCAGUUUUGUUAA